UUUUUUGUUUCUUUUGGAGCCGCAAUUUCUUCACGGCAGAACCAGAUGGGAGCCAAAUCUCUCGCGGGCGCUCACAGAGGCCCUCCACGCUGUAUGAUCGCCUAUAAAUAGCCCUUAGGGCGUUCCUUCCAUUUCAGCACGUAAGGGAAGGCUUUCCUUGAGCUGAAACCCUAGAGCGAAAGGAGAAAAAGGGGAGAAAAUCACCGAACGCUGAAUUUUUUUUUACCACAGAAUACGUGAGCUACAUUAUGCUAUUCUGAAAAGCUUACUGCGCUUGAAUUUUGCAGUCGCUGGUUUUAAAUCUCCAGUGUUCAACAUCUGUUGGAAGCUACUACAAACCUCGUAAAAUAACACAAGACUUGCAAUUAUUUUUCACUGCAGUCUAUCAUUUUAAUUUUUAGGUCUUUAUAACUUAAGCCAAAAUGGCCCGACAUUUUGAGGAUGAGGAGGAGGAGGAAGAGCCAGAAGAAGAAGAAGAAAUGGACGAAGAAGAGGAAGAAGAUGAAGAUUAUGAGGACGUGGGUUCAAGUCGCAAGCGCAAGUACAAGCGCUCUCAGUUCAUUGAUGAUGUUGCUGAAGAAGAUGAAGAUGAGGAAGAAGAUGAGACACCCAGAAAGAGGAAGCACAGACGGGCAUCAGCUUUCAUUGAUGACACGGCUGUCGUUGCCAGUGAUGAAGAUGAGGAUGAGGAAGAGGGUGAAGAAGAUUUUAUUAAUGAUGCUGGUGCUGAACUACAAGAUGAAGAUGACGCACGGAUUCAUCGCCGACCUUUCCUCCCUCGAGAUGAUCAAGAGGAACAAGAUGUGGAAGAUCUUGAAAGGUUGAUACAGCAAAGAUAUGCAGCACGCUCAGAUCAUGUUGAAUAUGAUGAAGAAACCACAGAUGUUGAACAACAAGCAUUAUUACCAUCUGUGAAGGAUCCAAAGUUAUGGAUGGUCAGAUGUGCGAUCGGUCAUGAACGUGAGGCAGCUGUUUGUCUUAUGCAAAAGUACCUUGACCUGAAGUCCCAGGGGACAGAUUUACAUAUUUCAUCAGCUAUAGCUCUUGAUCAUCUGAAGAGCUACCUUUAUAUUGAGGCAGACAAAGAGGCACAUGUUCUUGAGGCAUGUAAGGGGCUACGUAAUAUUUAUUCUCAGAAAAUUAAGCUUGUCCCCAUCAAGGAAAUGACAGAUGUACUCUCAGUAGAAAGUAAAUCUGUUGAUCUUUCCAAGGAUACAUGGGUGCGUGUGAAAAUUGGAACAUACAAAGGUGAUCUUGCAAAGGUCAUGGAUGUGGACAAUGUGAGGCAAAGAGUAACAGUGAAGCUGGUUCCUAGGAUAGAUUUGCAAGCCAUGGCAAAUAAAUUGGAGGGAAAGGAUGUAGGGAAGAAGAAGGCUUUUGUCCCUCCACCUCGCUUCAUCAAUAUGCGUGAAGUCAAAGACAUGCGCAUCCCCGUUGAACGAAAACGGGAUUCAGUUACUGGAGAGGUAUUUGAGACAAUUGAGGGUAUGAUGUUCAAAGACGGAUAUGUCUAUAAAACUGUAUCCAUGAAAUCUAUAAGUUCCCAAAAUAUUCAACCAUCAUUUGACGAGCUUCAAAAAUUCCAAAAGCCUGGAGAUGAUGCAAGUGGUGAUGUAGCUGGCUUGUCAACAUUAUUGGCCAAUCGAAAGAAGGGUCAUUUCAUGAAGGGUGAUGCAGUUGUUGUUGUUCGAGGAGACCUAAAAAAUUUAAUGGGAUGGGUGGAGAAAGUAGAGGAGGAUAAUAUCCACAUCAAACCUAAAGAGAAGGGCAUACAGGGAACUUUGACGUUCAAGGAGAAUGAGCUCUGCAAAUUUUUCAAAGCUGGUGAUCAUGUGAAGGUUGUGAGUGGCAACCAUCAGGGUGCUACUGGCAUGGUUGUUAAAGUGGAAAAUCAUGUUCUUGUGCUUGUAUCUGAUACAACCAAAGAAGAUAUUCGUGUAUUUGCUGACAAUGUUGUUGAAAGCUCUGAAAUAACUUCGGGGGUUACCAAACUUGGAGACUAUGAACUUCAUGAUCUUGUGCAACUUGAUCACACAAGUUUUGGUGUAAUUGUACGUGUGGAGAGUGAUGGGUUUCAGGUUUUGAAGGGUGUUCCGGAGAGAGCAGAAACUGUCACUGUUAAGUUGAGAGAUAUUCGAAAGAAACUUUUUGACAGAAAUUUCAAAGCACAAGAUCAAUACAUGAAUACUGUCUCUCUGAAAGAUGUCAUUAGAAUUCUUGAAGGUCCAUUCAAGGGCAAACAGGGAUCGAUUGAGCACAUGAAUAGAGGUGUUGUUUUCAUUCAUGACCGUCAUCACCUUGAGAAUGGUGGAUACAUCUGUGCACGGGCUCAGUCAUGUGUUGCUGUUGGUGGAUCACGGGGAGGAAAUGAACGAGAUAACAAUGGCUCACUAACUUCAAGAUUUGGAUCACUAAGGCCACCAUCAGGAUUAAUGCCAUCUCCAAGGAGGCCACCUCGUGGGGGCAAUCCCCAAUAUGAGGGUGGAGGACGAAACAGGGGUGGAAGGAGGCAUGAGGAUAUCCUGAUUGGAAGAACUAUUAAAAUCCGCUUGGGCCCUUUUAAGGGGUAUCGUGGACGUGUUGUAGAUGUACAUGGUCAAUCUGUGCGGAUUGAGCUAGAAUCUCAAAUGAAAAUUGUUACUGUCAAUCGUGAUCAUCUAUCUGAUACAGCCACAACAGCAACUCCUGCGAGAGAUUCACCUCGAUAUGGAGCUGGAAGUGAGACACCAAUGCAUCCUUCAAGAACACCAAUGCAUCCUUACAUGACUCCCAUUAGGGGUGAUCCAUCAGCAACCCCUAUUCAUGAUGGUAUGAGAACUCCUAUGCGGGAUCGUGCGUGGAAUCCUCUUGCAACAAUGACUCCUAUGAGGGAUAAUUGGGAGGAGGGAAAUCCGGCAUCAUGGGGAGCUGGGACCCCUCAAUAUCAGCCUGGAACUCCUUCAUCAAGGCCUUAUGAAGCUCCUACACCUGGCUCUGGGUGGGCCAAUACUCCUGGUGGUAAUUAUAGUGAAGCAGGCACGCCUCGUGAUAGCAGCCCCAGCUAUGGAAACACACCAAGUCCAUACUUACCUUCUACUCCGAGUACUCCUAGUGGUCCGUCAUAUUUGCCUGGUACCCCUGGUGGACAACCAAUGACUCCAGGAAAUGUUGGAUUGGAUGUUAUGUCUCCAACUAUAGGAGGUGGACAAGAGGGUGGCUUAAUUCCAGAUAUAGUGGUUACCUUAAGAAGAUCUGGAGAAGAUUCGCAAAUUGCAGUUGUCAAAGACGUUCUAUUGGAUGGAACGUGCAAAGUGUCAUUAGGACCCUCAGGCAAUGGUGAAAUUAUCACUGCCUCAUUUUCUGAAAUUGAGAUUAUCUUGCCCAAGAAGUCAGAUAAGAUAAAGAUUGUCAAUGGAGAAUAUCGCGGUGGAACUGGCAAACUUAUAGGCAUAGAUGGGGCAGACGGAAUUGUUAAAAUUGAUGACACACUUGACAUUAAAAUCUUAGACAUGAGCAAUCUUGCUAAAUUAGCUUCAUAGUCCCAGAGCCUAGUGUAUUGUAGUAAAAUUUUAAGGGUUCAAAGCUAUUUUGCUUUCGGGUUUUUCAGUGGCUGUAAAUGUUUCAUGGCCUGUGUACUCCAGGUUGUCAAGAGUUGAUAGUGCCACUGCCCAUAUUGCAAAGCUAUUUGUAGCAUAUUCAUUUACACAAAUUUUAUUGUAUGUCAAAAGAUGUUUUUGUUAUUGUAAUUUGUUUUGAAAAGCUUGUGCAAUAAUUGCACCAAUGAACAUUUUUCCAACAAACAAAAGUACGUGCUAACGAGUUGCAUGUAAGUUUAAAAAUUCUCACAUGCGUAUUACUGGUACACGGAAAAUAUCAUGGCAGUUAUGUAAAAGAGACAAUAUUAUAAGAUGGGCACAAGCUAUUCCAUAAAGAAAAUGUAAUCAAAGAACGAUUUCUUUCGAUGAUAUAAACUCACGAUCAAAUAGAUUUAGACGAA